AUGGGCAAAUUCAUGAAUGGCCAAACACCUCACACUUCAAGGAAUACAUACAUUGACAGAAUUAUGAGAAAUCUUAUGCAGUUGCGCUUGGCUUCUCGUCGGCGGCCAAUGAAGAAAGCAUACCACAGCCGAUGCAAUCAUCUGUACAGAAGAUUGCAGAGCUCAGCUUCAGUUUCAGCAUUGCUUUCAAUGGGGAGGCACUCCUGCUGUUACAAGCAGAAGCUGAGGAAGGGGCUCUGGUCUCCUGAGGAAGAUGAGAAGCUCAUGAACCACAUAACCAAGCAUGGGCAUGGAUGCUGGAGCACUGUCCCGAAGCUUGCAGGGCUUCAGAGGUGUGGCAAGAGCUGCAGGCUGAGGUGGUUGAAUUACCUGAGGCCUGACCUGAAAAGAGGUGCAUUCUCUCAGGAGGAGGAAGACCUUAUCAUUGAACUUCAUGCUGUACUGGGAAACAGGUGGUCUCAGAUUGCAACAAGGUUGCCUGGAAGAACUGAUAACGAGAUUAAGAAUCUCUGGAACUCAAGCAUCAAGAAGAAGCUCCGGCAGAAAGGCAUCGACCCCAACACCCACAAGCCCCUUGCUGAAGUUGAACACAGCAAAGCAGCUCCAACAAUCAGUACUGAGAGAACCUCUGAGUCCAGUGAUGUUGACCCUUCAAGUGGUGGUGCACUUGGCAACUUGAGCCAUCUUCUCAGCGAGACAGCACAAUCACCAGAGCUGCUGCCAGUGCUCGGUAAGCAUCGCAAAGAAACUACUAGCUUGGCACAUCUAAGGGUGCCGCCGAAGGAGUUAUUCCUUGACCAGCUUGUUUCUGGUCAUGAAAACCUCACUAGCUGCCGCUCAACAGGCCCAAUUCCAAAUUUCCCUUUCCAGCAGCUGAUGUGCUACAACAAUGAAUUUGGCAACAAGAAUGGUGGUAGUAACAAUUCAUUCUGGUUUAACCAGAAUGAGUCAAGUGGCAGCACCAUUUCCACUGUGAUGCCACCAGUUUCACCAUCAACUCUCUCAACAUCAACAGGGCUCAAUAGGUCACCAGACAAUCCACACUCUGGCAUUCAGAAUACCCAAUUCUACUGGGAAACUGCUAAUCCUAGCAGCAGCAGCAGUAGCGGAAGCAACGGCUUGGGAUUUGAGCUGCAAAGCACAAGUUCACUUCUGGAAAGUAGUGUUUUCCCAUGGACAGAUUUAACACCAGAUAAAAAUAGCCAAAUUCACCUUGAGGAAGAACUCAAGUGGCCUGACUUGCUCCAUGGAACAUUCACGGACACACCUGCAACCAUGCAGAAUCUUAGCCAGUCACUGUACGAAGAUGUUAUCAAGGCCGAGAGCCAAUUCAACAUAGAGGGCCUCUGUGCAGCCUGGUCUCAAAAUCUGCAGCCACAGCAACAUCUGCAGGUAGUAUCAGAUUUGUAUGACAAGGAUUUGCAGAGAAUGUCCUUGUCUUUUGAGAAUAUCUAG